CUACGAGCGUUCAUUUCACACAGCUACCGCUUUAUACCCCCAGCGGAGUGAAGUAAACCUCAUUUACUUCAUUUACUGAGUGGAAAUUUAUUAUUUACUGCGUUAUUGAAGUUCAGGUAAAGGAGAGCGAUGUCUGACAGCGAGGACAGCGAUUUUUCUGACAACCCGAGUGAGCACAGCAGCGAAGCAGAAGAGGUUGAGGAAAAUGAGGAGGAAGAAGGUCAGGGAAGUGUGGCUGGCAGUGACAAAGCCGAAGAAGAGGGAGAGGACCUGGAUGAGGAGGAUGAGGAGGAUUAUGAUGAUGAAGAGGAAGAUGACAGGCCUAGAAAGAAAUCUCGACUUGCAGGCUUUAUAUUGGAUGAAGCUGAUGUAGAUGAUGAGUAUGAGGAUGAGGACCAGUGGGAGGAAGGGGCUGAGGAUAUUUUGGAAAAAGAAGAGGCCGAAGUUUCCAACCUUGACCCUGUAGCUCUUGAUCAGGAUCAUUCAGACUCUCGCAGACUGCAGAACCUUUGGAGAGAUUCCAGAGAGGAGGCUCUGGGAGAGUACUAUAUGAGGAAAUAUGCCAAGUCCUCAGGUGGAGAACAUUUCUAUGGUGGGUCAGAGGAUCUGUCUGAUGACAUCACUCAGCAGCAGUUGCUCCCUGGUGUCAAGGAUCCAAAUUUGUGGACUGUUAAGUGUAAGAUUGGUGAGGAGAGAGCCACUGCCAUUUCAUUGAUGAGGAAAUUUAUUGCCUACCAGUGCACAGAGACGCCUCUCCAAAUCAAAUCCGUGGUUGCUCCUGAACACGUAAAGGGUUACAUCUACGUCGAGGCAUACAAACAGACUCAUGUGAAAUCUGCCAUCGAGGGAGUCGGCAACCUGAGAAUGGGCUUCUGGAACCAACAAAUGGUUCCUAUUAAGGAGAUGACCGAUGUCCUGAAAGUAGUCAAGGAAGUGACUAAUCUAAAACCCAAAUCGUGGGUCCGGCUUAAGAGGGGCCUGUACAAAGAUGACAUUGCACAGGUUGACUAUGUGGAACCAAGCCAAAAUACAAUAUCACUGAAAAUGAUUCCUCGAAUUGACUUGGAUCGAAUCAAAGCGAAGAUGAGCAUGAAAGACUGGUUUGCAAAGAGAAAGAAGUUUAAAAGACCGCCACAAAGAUUGUUUGAUGCUGAAAAGAUCAGGUCACUUGGAGGGGAAGUCAGCCAUGAUGGAGAUUUUAUGUUAUUUGAAGGCAACCGCUACAGUCGCAAAGGCUUCCUGUUCAAAAGCUUCGCCAUGUCCGCUGUGAUCACAGAUGGAAUCAAGCCAACGCUUUCUGAGCUGGAGAAGUUUGAGGAUCAGCCUGAAGGCAUUGACCUUGAAGUGGUCACAGAAACAACAGGUAAGGAGAAGGAGCACAACCUUCAGUCUGGCGACAAUGUGGAGGUGUGCGAGGGCGAGUUGAUAAACCUUCAAGGAAAGAUUAUGAGUGUGCAUGGCAACAAGAUAACAAUCAUGCCCAGACAUGAAGACCUAAAGGACCCUCUGGAGUUUCCAGCUCACGAGUUGAAGAAGUUCUUCCGUAUGGGUGACCACGUGAAAGUUAUUGCAGGUCGCUAUGAGGGUGACACGGGCCUUAUUGUUCGUGUGGAGGAGAACUUCGUUAUUCUCUUCUCUGAUCUCACUAUGCAUGAGCUUAAGGUUUUGCCUCGGGACUUGCAACUGUGCUCAGAGACUGCGUCGGGAGUGGAUGCAGGAGGUCAGCAUGAAUGGGGGGAACUGGUUCAACUGGAUCCACAAACUGUGGGCGUUAUAGUCCGGCUUGAAAGAGAGACCUUCCAGGUGCUCAACAUGCAUGGCAAGGUGCUAACAGUACGUCACCAGGCAGUGAACAGACGGAAGGACAACCGUUUCGCUGUCGCGCUCGACUCUGAGCAAAACAACAUCCACGUCAAGGACAUCGUCAAAGUGAUAGAUGGACCGCAUUCGGGGCGUGAAGGAGAGAUUCGCCAUCUCUUCAGGGGGUUUGCCUUUCUUCACUGUAAGAAGCUGGUUGAAAAUGGAGGCAUGUUUGUCUGUAAGACACGUCACCUUGUACUGGCUGGCGGGUCGAAGCCUAGAGAUGUGACUAAUUUUACAAUUGGGGGUUUUGCUCCGAUGAGCCCACGAAUCAGCAGUCCAAUGCAUCCAGGAGGAGGAGGAGGUCAGAUGCAGAGGGGAGGUGGCGGUGGCGGUGGUGGUGGCGGCAUGGGACGUGGCCGCGGAAGAAGGGACAAUGACCUGAUCGGACAGACGGUUCGUAUUUCCCAAGGACCUUACAAAGGGUACAUUGGGGUGGUCAAGGAUGCCACAGAAUCAACAGCAAGAGUGGAGCUGCACUCGACCUGCCAGACUAUUUCUGUGGAUCGUCAGCGUCUCACUAGCAUUGGUGCUAAGAGACACGGAGGAAUGACCUCCACUCAUGGACGGACUCCAAUGUAUGGCUCCCAGACUCCCAUGUAUAGCUCAGGUUCUCGUACCCCCAUGUAUGGCAGCCAGACGCCCCUCCACGACGGAAACCGCACCCCUCAUUAUGGCUCGCAGACCCCGCUGCAUGAUGGAAGCAGGACACCUGGGCAGAGUGGAGCAUGGGACCCGAACAAUCCCAACACACCGUCACGAGCUGAUGAAGAUUACGAGUUUAGCUAUGACGACGAGCCGUCUCCGUCUCCUCAAGGCUAUGGGGGCACCCCUAAUCCUCAGACUCCUGGCUACCCAGAAGUACCAUCCCCUCAAGUCAAUCCACAGUACAAUCCCCAGACUCCUGGAACUCCAGCAAUGUACAACACAGACCAGUACUCUCCAUAUGCAGCACCGUCUCCACAGGGCUCUUACCAACCCAGCCCCAGCCCUCAGAGCUAUCAUCAGGUGGCACCUAGCCCAGUGGGUUUCCAAAACACCCACUCGCCAGCUAGCUACCACCCCACACCCUCACCUAUGGCAUACCAGGCCAGUCCGAGCCCAAGCCCAGUAGGCUACAGUCCCAUGACUCCUGGGGCUCCAUCCCCAGGAGGCUACAACCCCCACACACCUGGCUCCAACAUCGACCAGACCUCCAAUGACUGGGUCACCACGGACAUCCUGGUGCGCGUCAAGGACACGUUUCUGGACAAAGCGGUCAUCAACCAGACCGGUGUCAUUCGCAGCGUGACGGGAGGGAUGUGCUCGGUCUUUCUGCAGGACACAGAGAAGGUGGUCAGCAUCUCAAGUGAACACCUGGACCCUGUGACGCCAACCAAAAACAAUAAGGUGAAGGUUAUUUUAGGAGAAGACCGAGAAGCCACUGGAGUUCUGCUCAGUAUUGAUGGAGACGAUGGCAUUGUACGAAUGGAACUGGAUGAGCAGCUCAAAAUUCUCAAUCUCCGCUUCCUUGGAAAACUAGAAGCGUGAGCACAUGAACUCUAAAUACAGUCGCUGAGCAGUGUCAAGACUUUUUUUGUUGUUAUUUGUGGUUCUGUGUCUAGAUUUCAAUCAGAAAGUACUUAAGUUGAUUUGCUUUUUACAUUGUUUUCUCAUUUUUUAGCAAGUCAGUGUUGUUUUAGUGGAUCUUGAUUUGAUGUAGAGAACUUGAUUCAUUGUGAAUAAAUGUCUGGGUUAAAAUGCUUUACACACUCA